AUGGGGGUGCUGGAAGACGAGGUGGUGAUUCGUUUCGAGACGGCGCCUAGCUACCGCGAGUUCUUCGAACGGUGUCUGGUGGCCAACCGGCCAUGCAUCCUACCGCGCUCCCUCAUAAGCCACUGGCCAGCCGAGCAGUCGCGUGCGUGGGUCUCACCUCACGACGGCUCCAUCAACUGGUCUGCACUGAAGCUACACUACGGCUCGCAGACUGCACCGGUGGUCGUAACACGGACGAAUGCACAGGGUGACGAGGAGGAAGACAGGCAGGACAUGACGAUCCGUGAUGCUAUCGACCUCAUCCUCGCCCACCGCACCGACCCUUCCAACAUCAAGGCGAUCUACAUCAAGGACUGGCACAUGAUCAAACAACUCCACUCCGACGGUUCUGGAGUGGGGGACCCUUAUGUGGUGCCGGAGAUCUUUGCAGACGACUGGAUGAACAAUGUUGGUGCGGGGGAUGAUGAUUUCCGCUUCGUCUAUGCGGGUACUGCUGGAUCGCAGACUCUGCUACACCGCGAUGUAUACACUUCAUACUCGUGGUCUACGAACGUGGUGGGUCGCAAGCGGUGGCACUUGUUUCCUCCGCGUGUGGUGGAGCAUCUGCGUCGAUUCCCUGCCGUCGACACCUCCCCCAUGGUACCCGACAUCCAAAGUUUGCAAAACAUCAUCGACGCAGGGACGGAGGGGAAAGAGUACAGCGAAUUGCACAGGGCUUGGGAGGCAGUGCAGGUGGUGGAUCAGCAAGAGGGCGAGACGAUAUUCGUGCCGAGCAACUGGUGGCAUCAGGUGCACAACGUGGGCGAGUGCAUCUCGAUCAACCGCAACUGGUGCAACGCCGUCAAUGUGCCGUCGCUGUACAAGUCGAUCGAAGCCGAGCUCGAACAUGUCGAACAGUCGCUCUGCGAUGUGCGCGAGAUGCUCUCCAACAACACGGAAGGACAAGAGUGGAAGCACGAGUUCUAUAAGCUCGUUCAGGACGUUGCAGUUCAGGACGCAGGUUGGGCCUGGCAUGGGUUUUGGAAGAUGGUCCUCAGGAAUCUGCAAACCCCGCCGACGGACAGCAGGUACAGGCCGGAUGCAGAGUGGGUGCAAACGCGCAUCCUGCCCCUUGCUCAGCAGUUCGAGACCAGGCAAGAUGCUCAAUGGCUCGACGCAAGCAUCCUCGACACUGCACGUCAAUGUCGACAGAUGUUACAAGGCCAAAUGGGAUAA